CCUGUCUUAGAAUAAUUCACCAUAUCGAGUUUUUAGUUGUCUAUUUCAUUUUUAUGGUUGUUUAUGAAUUAAGGACUGUCAGAAUUAAUUAGGAACAGUCAUGGAUAUACGAAUACAAAGAUUGAACAUAUUUCCGACUUUAAUUUGAAUUAGAAUACGACUGAACAUUUGGUGACCCCGACGAAAAAUCGAUUAUGAGUAAAAGCGAAAGACUAAGAAGGAGUUGCGCCGGACAAAAAAGAAGUUUGUCGAAGGACUUCAUUUGGCCUGAAAAUUUCGGACGUCAUCAAUUUUCCAAGCCAGAAGAAGAAUCCAGGAUGAUAUCGAUAAAUUUAGAUCAAGGACACAAUGAGACCACUUCAAAAUUGAACCUUUCUGAACAAAAGAAGUCAUCAAAAAAUUCGGAUGAAGAUUUAGCAAUUGAGACCAAUCAUUCCGAUAAAAUUUACGGAACGAAAACAACUGGAAAAAGUGGAAGUUCAUCUCUCAGUGUUGCAAGGAGAAGAAUAGCUUUAGAAGCUGAAAAUAAGCGCCAUGAUCUCGAGAUGAAAUUAAUCGCUUUAGAAAAACAAGAGAUCCUAAAAGCUAUUGAAAUCGUGAAUAUGGAAGAAGAUUUGAGGAAAGAUGAGAUUUCAACUUCUUCACAUAAAUCGGAAAUAUCGGAAAUGUUAUAUAUACCUCGGAAUAAAUUGAAGAAGGAGGAAACUUCUGAAUGGGUUGAUAAUUUACCAGAUGUAUACACUGAAAUUAAUGAAAAUCAUAAAAUAAUGGAAACGACUCAGACUGGUAAUGAAAUCAGAUUACUGUGUGAAACAAGUCAAGAAGUAAUACGAUCAACGAAACCUACAAGAAACAGUGAACUAAAUUCCAGAAACACGUGUAUCGACCUUCCUUAUUUCAACGGCAAUCACAAAGACUGGCCAUUAUUUAUUCAACAAUUUGAACAUAUCAGUUCUUCAUAUGAUUAUUCUGAUAUAGAAAUUACUUUAAAACUACAAAAAUGUUUAGAGGACAAGCAAGGGCAGCAGUAGCUGACAUAUUCUUAACUUCAGAUGUUUUUAAAAUAAUCGGAACAUUAGAAACCAGAUUUGGAAGACCAGAACAUAUAUUAUUCGGGAUACAAAUCUGGAAAAAAUUAUUAAUUUAUCUACUGAAGUGAACAAUCUAGUUGCCACCAUCAAAUCUCUGAAUUCUCUAGAUCAUCUUCAAAAUCCUCAAUUUUAGAACGUAAAGAGAAAAACGAAGUAGUCAGUGUAGAAGAUUUUGCCAAAUGGUUAUGGUUCUAUUCAAAUGCUGCAUGUCAGGUGAGCUAUCAACAAUACUCAGGAAGUUAUGACAAGCAGAAGUUUUAUGAUCCCAAUAUGAAGAAAAGUGAGCGUGUCUAUACAACUUCUAAUAAUCACCCGUCAACUUGCUCUUAUUGUUCAAAGAUUGCUCAUGACAGUUAUUGUCCACAAAUGAAGAAAAAUGACAUAGAUACUCGUUGAAAAAAAGUAACAACAAAUAAAUUAUGCUUUUCUUGCCUAAAACGUAAUCAUCAGAAUAAUAACUGUAGAAGAAAGAAGCCAUGUGGACAGACUGGUUGUAUUUUAACUCAUCAUCCUCUUCUUCAUAAAGACACCAACUCAACUAAUGCUGAUGUUUUGAAUAUUGUUGGUACGAUGAGAAGUAAAACUAUAGUAUUAUUGCGGUUUAUUCCACUCAAAAUUCAUGGUCGUAAAGAAACUCUUGAAAUUUAUGCUCUUUGUGAUGAAGGCUCAAUAGUUACACUUCUACAAGACAAAAUAGCUGAUCAAAUUAGAAUACAGGGAGAAAAAAAACCAUUAUGUUUACAAUGGACUAAUGAUGAUGUGAUUAAAGAAGAGAAUUCAACUCGAUUAGACAUAAAUAUUUCAAGAAUUGACAAUGAUGAUACUUUUCUACUAAGAUGGGUUCGCACAGUGUCGAACUUAUCGCUACUUGAACAAUCAUUCAAUAUUAAUGAUCAUCCACAUUUGGAAGGUAUUCCUAUUGAAAAUUACACGAAAGUGAAGCCUGUUAUGAUCAUUGGCCAAGAUAACAUCGACUUAAUAAUACCCAGAUCCGUUCAAUCUACACCAGCAAAAACCAUUGUUGCAUCAAAGUCUGAAUUAGGAUGGUCUGUACAUGGACCAAUUCAGUCAGAAGCAAUAAACAAAGUUGGUUAUCACAUUUUUCAUAUACGUAUGUGACAAAAUAGAGGUUGAACCAGAUUUGAAGCAUGUUAUGGAAAAAUUUGACACUACGGUAUCUUUUGGUAAAAUUCAUUUGUCGGAAAUGGGGAUAAAUGAGGAAGACACCAAAGCUAUCGAAAUAAUGAAUAGGACAAUAAAAAAGGUUGGCGAAAGAUAUGAAAUAGGCAUACUAUGGAAGAAUGACGACUGCAAAAUGCCGGAAAGUUAUGCUAAAGCUAUGCAGAGAAUCUGGAAAUCUGGUAAACUUGGGGAUGAAGAAAUACCAUCGAAUUUGAAACAAUAUUGUAAGAAGUUUUUGGAAGACCUAAAAAAAAUUUCAGAAAUCAGGAUACCUAGAUGUUAUACUCCACUAAUCCCAUUUGCCGACAAAAAAGAAAUUCAUACUUUUACUGACAGUACCCAAGAUGCUUUUGCUGCAGUAUCUUACCUAAGAAUCAUUAUUCAAGGAAAGGUAGAUAUUGCACUUCUUGCUAGUAAAACGAGCGUAGCUCCCCUGAAAUUAUCAUUGGCUCCGCUUCAAGUCAUCUCUUACAAAUACAGCAAAAGAAAUACUGGGCACAGAACGCUCCCGAAAACCCCCAGACUGGUUCGCCGACAGCGAAA